AGUGUGAAAUUUUUUUUUUUUUUUAGCACAUGUGCAGUAACAUGAGGUCCUGUUACAGGAACCGUCAGGCAGCCAUGUGCCACACGAUACCUGCAACUGAUACCACCAUCACAUGUAAACUGAAGCAAAGGCAUCUCCUCCAUUGUUGCUGGAAAUCGACAUUAUUCACAGACACUUAAAAUCCUCCAGAGCCGGAUCAUAACGAGAACGUCUCUCCUCGUCCCAAACGUACUGCUCUUUACGGUUGUCCCAUCAACAUGUCAGUUUUAACCAAGCUGUAGCUCCACAUAGAUAAGAUAUGAUCUUGAAUGACCACCAAGCAUGAAUGAUAGUGAUUCUGUUCCAGAUUGUCUGUUAAUUAGUCUUCAGAUAUAUGCUGUGUGUUUUUGAUUUGAGCGCUAAGCUUCCCAUAUGAGUCAGCAGAUCCCCCUCCUGGUUUGCUGACAUUGAUUGUAAUAACGUCGCAGCUGUCCUGCAUGUACCUUUACACUUUGUUUGCUGUUCCACAGGGGUGAUCCUAAUCUGGUCAAACUAAAUGUAGCCAUAACCUGUGGCUACCUCCUCUACGACCUUUUCCUGCUAGCAUGUAACUGGAGCACAAUGGGGGACAGCUUUUUCGUCUGCCACCACUUGGCGGCGCUGUAUGCCUAUGGAUACGUGUUGACACGCGGGGUGCUUCCUUAUUUCGCCAAUUUCCGUCUCAUUUCAGAGCUGUCCACGCCAUUCGUGAACCAAAGGUGGUUCUACGAGGUGUUAAAGUACCCCCGCUCACACCGGAUGGUGGUGCUGAACGGCGUCGCAAUGGCAGUGGUGUUCUUUGUCGUCCGCAUUGCCGUCAUGCCGUCCUACUGGGCGAGCGUCUUCGCCACGUUCGGCACACCCGAGUUCGAGCGGCUGGGCCUGGGAGCGCAGGUGGCCUGGAUCACAUCGUGCAUCGCCCUGGACGUCCUCAACAUCAUCUGGAUGUACAAGAUCGCCCGCGGCUGCUACAAAGUCCUGACGGGGAGAGGCAGGCGGAAGGUCAAGGCCGACGCGGACGAGAAGCACUCGAACAACCACACGGACUAACGCGGGGACAAAGAACCUUCGACCGCAUGAUGGACGCGGGGAGCGGAGGCGUUCCCAGCCCGCCCGCCCGCCCCUCGGUCUCGGAGUCCUCAGGUUUCCGACGAGGAGCGCACUCUUUGACUCACGCAAGCACCAGCGAUCCCAACCUCACUGGGUUUUUUUUGUCUCCCCCUUCUCCCCCAGUGAGCGUGAUUUCUCUACUGCUGGGAGGUAGCUUUCUUCGGUUGCAGACAACAAAUUAGAGUUCACAAGCACACUUUUAGCACCAUCUGUCACUCCCAUCUCUCUCCGUUUCACCCCCAGCCUCUUCUUCAGCUCUCAACUUCAGCCAAAGCCUAAUCCUCUGAAGUGCCUGUGGAAAAGCAGGAAAGCAAUAAUAGUGGAGGUAUAACAAAGUUGAGGUUUCUUCUCUUCCCUCCCCCGAACCCCUUCCCAUCAUCGUCACCUCCAUCCCUCCCUUCAAUGAACAGCUGGGAGCUCAUUUCCCGUCCACGGCGGAGGAGAUGUGGUCAACCUACAGGGCUCUUGUCUUAAAUCCAUCAAACCUCAGAACAAGAGACAGAAAAUAAAAACACCAGGAUGCCUCUCCCAGUUUUUACCUGCUGUGGCCUCCUUAUAAUAAGUAGCGCCUCUCUGCGUCACCAGCCAUGCUUCUCCAUCCAAAUCUCAUUUAAGAACUCGACACUCUCCAAGAUUGUUAUUUUAUUUUGUUUUGUUUUGUUUUUUGCUGCUACGCCAGUAUCAUUAGCUGUGACGGUACAACAUUCAUUACAACCCUCUGCCUCAGCUGGAAUGUUUUUGUUCUACCUCUCCCCCUGCCUUACAGACUUUGUAAAUAAUCAUAAUUUAUUCAGAAGCGUAGUUUUUUUUUUUUUUUUUUUUUUUUAGCUAAGGAGAGAGUUUUUCUGUGAAGAUCGUGACAUCGGAAUCUCCGAGGAACUUCCCAUUUCUUCCGGUUUCGGAGGUCAUCCUGGUCCAUCCACCAAAACGCAGCGCCAUCACUCCGUGUUCUCAGAAUGAAUCAUCAGUGCCUCGCAAAAGUUUUCAGACCCCUAUUUUGUUGCACUUCAACUACAAACCUCAAUGUCUUUAAUUUGGAUUUUAUGUGCUUGAUUGACGCAAAAAAAAAACGUGUAAAAAAAAAAAAAAAGUCAGUCGGAUAGGGAGAAUGAAAUUAGGAAUUUCACAUUUUUUUUACGAAUGAACACCUAAAAAGUGUGAUGUGCGUGUCAUGUUAUUGCAGUUCCAACUGCAGGUCUUUGUCUAUUACUUCUAAAUUGAAAAUACUCUAUAAAUCUAUUCCAGCUCUCUAAUGGAAUUUUGUCUUAAGCCAUUCAAACACAUUUGUUCCCCCCCAACAAUAUUUAAUUGAAGUAUUUUUGACUUGAAGGAAUUUGCCAUCAGUUCCCAAGAAUUUAUUUAAGGUAAUCUGAACACAAAGCACUUCAUAUAAUCUCUCCACAUUUAUGAGCCACUUUGUGUUGGUCUAUCAUUAAAUGAAGUCUUUCUGUAGUUGGGAGAGUCUUUAAGAAGAGGGGUGUGAACACUUUUGCGAGGCACUGCAGGCUGAUCCUGAGAUCCGGUACCUACCUGAAAGCAUAGCUGAUUGACAGAAUGUCAGCAGUAGAGUUGCUUGAAAUCUCUUUUUUUCGUUUGAUGUUUUCCCUCCCGCUCUUUGUCCAUGACUCAGAUUGAUUUGGAAACGCCGUGCUGCUGGAAGCAGCCCGGCAGCCUGCAUGCCCAGUUUUUCCCGUAUAAACUGUAGAUCUUCAUUGUAGAGCAUGGUAAGACUGACAUAUUUCUGUGAUGCCUUAGUGAACUGUCAAGGUAGAUGAACACCAUCUAAUUAUUGAUUGCAUUAAUCUAAUCGUGGGCUGGGCGGGCGUGGGGUAGGGGAAGGGGUUGUCUUCCAAAAUGUGCCCCCUCCCCACCCUUCUCCACCUCCUUCAACACAGAGCAUAGUCAAAGCAUGAACUUCUUGUACUUUUGAUGAUUUCUCCUCGCUGUGCAUGUUACAGUAUUUACACGUUCAGCAUCUAUGCAGGUGCCUUCUGCAUAGCAGUAAACUCUCUAAUUGUUAACACAUCUUCUAUAUGCCAGUUGCCAGUACUUGUAUUUUGUUUUAUUUUAUUUUUUUACAGAUACAGAGUGAUUUCUUUGCAAGAGGUUUGCUAAUAACCACGACCUGGCAGACAGAAACAUGGGAUCUCUCCGAUUUAGUUUCACAAGAAGAAGACAGGGAUCGACAUCAUCACUCUUGGUCCGAGCCAAGGCUUCCUGUAUAAGCACAAACAUUAACCAAAUGUACCCCGGAAGCAGAACGACUGAAUGUUUCUAACGUGCAUUACUGUGGUAGAGUAGUUCAUGAAGUGAACACUAGAGGGAGCAGCGAGAUCGUCAAAUCAAGCUUGUGUGAGAUGAAAGUUGUUACUCCAGUUGUUCUCAAGUCUUUUAUAGCAAGUUCUAUUUCAUUAUCUGAACUUGGACUUUAUUUUUAUUUUAUUUUUUUUUAAGUUUGUUCUUAUGUUUAAAGCAAAAAAAAAAAAAAACAAAGACAUGAAGUCAGAAUUAAGAGAAGUAACCUCAAAAUCCAAUAUGGUUCCCUUCCAUGUAAAACUUAGGGAUGGUUGAAGUAAAAGAAAAGAUAUUUAUUAGAAUUUUUAAGUUUUCGUAUGUUGUUGAAUUAGUUCUACACACACACAGAUAGUGACAUACAAGCGCCUUUUGUGGGGACAUUAUUUGAAAGUUCAAAAUAUGGAAAAAUGUAGUAGUACUAGAUGCACAAUAUGAUUGUUUCAUUUUUUUUCUUUUCAACAGUUUAUUAUUUUUCAACUCACAUUUUUGGUAAAUUAAAAAUGUACCUGUCCUAACAAUAGAAUGAAUGUUCAUAGCAAAAUACAACAAUUCUUUCAAAAUAAAUUCUCCAGAUUAUGGCAGAAUAUAUAGCUCACACCAUUUUCUUUUAUUUGCUUUUCUUUCUUCUGUUUUUUUUUUUUUUUUGCACAGCUGGAAAUGUGCACCACUAUCAGCUAUUCAUGUUGGAACUAGAGACUCUGUCACGUCAUGUGUUUGGGUGAACAGUCGCAGUGACACAGCUCCGCAGCUAAACUGGAUUUUCAUUAUUUAAAAACUAACAAAUAACAGCGUCCCAGGGUUAAACUGUCUCUAACAUCUUAUAAUCACAAUUAGCACUACGCAUAAACAACAGCCUCUGUGCACAUUAUUAGACCUCAACCUUAACUGUGAGAUUUCCCAGAAAUGGCCGACGUUUUUUUUUUUUUUUUUAGUCCAACAUGAUCGAUGCAACUGGACUAUUUAAAAGAAUCAAAAGCACUUUGCUGUAAUGCGUACAGCUUCCAGUAUCCUGCAGACGUCCGACACAGUCAACAGCCAGCCCCAAUAAAAAAAUAGUUUCCCUUCUUAUUUAAAAAAAAAAGUCUCUCCCCAACUUCUUUGGAUCUCUGAUUGUUAUUAGCUUGUAAAGCUAAUGGCAUUUAGCACAGUCGCCAUGAAUCAUCAGUGCGUUAACACUUUGGCACCAGGGCACAGCUGAGUCGAGUUUGAUAUUAUUUCCAGAUCCGAGUGGCAGCAACAUGUAGCCAGCAGAUCUUGCUUCAGGCUCACUACUGUUUAUUUUUCUCUAUUUCAUUUCAUUUCCGUUCCUUCAACUCCAUUUUGCAAUUACUGAUACGGAACUCUGCUCUGCGUAAAGGGCAACCCGGGUAGCACUUGAGCAUUAGGCUCACAUUUUCAUUAGCCCUUUUCAAACCUAGCUCGACUUUAUUUGCUCUUUAUUGACACUAAAACAAGAAUUGAUAUAACCUGUUCGGUUCAUUCAAACAUUCACAGCACUACUCGACUCCACACAUUGUAAAAGCCGCCGGUGUAAACGUGGAUGUAUGGGUAGUUUUGGCCGUCUGGGACGGUCUGGUUGUAUUUUUCACUGUGGAAAUCUAAAGCACACUCCCUAUCUCUGGGAUGUCCCUUAUUUCUGUCUGCCACUUACAGAGGAGGGGCUACAGUCUCUUGUGCCUUUUUUUACACAAACAGUGGAUGUUAGUCGGAUUUGGAUAAGCAUGAUUAUGUCCUGGUGUAUACGCCGUGUGUAUAUUUUUCUAAACCCGCCUGCACAAUGAUUAUCCAGUCGAGUAUCCUAACCCAAAGCUGAUCCCUCGUAGGGAGCUCCCGCUUUUUUCUGUGACAGUUUAUCAGCGGGGCUUACCAAUGUGAAUGCUGGGACGUGUUAUUUAGUGGCAUUAGGACGAUUUCAGAUGAUGAUGGCAAUCAGAAUAUUCUGGCCUGUAGGGAUUUACGGAACAACUUGCGUCUCAUUUAUUUGGCCUGUUGAAGGAAAAAAAAAAAAUCUAAGAAAAAUCAUAGAUUUUCUGAGAGUGACUGAGCUGAGAUGAAUCAUUCGAUAAUUUGUCUGGAUCUCCUUUAGUUUAGACAGAGGCUGCUCUUUGACGCAGCAGCACUCAUCGCACAACGUGAGGAGUAAACCACCUAAUCAUCUGCAUACAGGAGGACUUUGACAAUUGAUUAAAAUGGGAUUUUAUUUUGGCCUCUCACACCGGGCUUUGUACAAAAAAAACAAAAACUGAAUGUGACAGUGAAUUAAUGUGGAGUCUGACUAUGAUUUGUAAUCAGCACCGUCGGUUUGGCCUCGGAUUAGCGAGGAGACAGCUGCUCGUUUGACGAACGAAUUACAGUAUUUAAACACAAACUUAUAACUGAAAAUGUAUAUGAAUCAUGUAAAACCUUGAGCUGAUCGAAAUGAUUGACCUCUUAGGUGCAGCUUAUAACGAAGUUAUUACUUUGAGGCGACAAUUUUGUUUUCUUUUUAUUCUCUGAUGUCAACUGUGAUGAAGUGUACACAAUGAAAGCUCAUUAAUUGAACAUCUCAAGGAUGGCAGUGUUUGUUCGAUAGUGGAGACUGAAUGUAAAAAGUAAUGGUAAUAAUCAGAUGUCUUGCCUGGAUUUUUUUUUUUGUUUGUUUUGGGGUUUUUUUCCAGUGAAUAACUUUGUCAGUGUGGCUUUCCUUCCUCUUCGUUUCAUCUUUUAAUGCGAUGCAAUCGGUACGACCUUCUUACUUUUCUCGAUUUUAAUGUGAAACGGCCUACACUACGAAAAGGCCCACUGGGUCACUGAGUUUUACCACAUGACUCAGACCUUUGUUCUCUACAAUGACCACUACUAAUUAUCUUGUAAUUGUAGUGAUAAAACGCUGAGAAUUACUUGAAAGUGUUGUUCUUCAAUAAAGAUGAACACGAAAAGUUGA